AUGACAUCCGCAGCCAUCACCGCGGAGGACCUCCCCGGCCUCCUCGCCAACGACAUCAAGGUCAAGGUCGCCGGCAUCGACUGCGACGGCAUCCUGCGCGGCAAGGUGAUGUCCACGGAGAAGUUCUUGGGGAUCGCGCAGAAGGGCUUCGGGUUCAGCUCCGCCGUGUUCGGGUGGGACAUGCAGGACGUGCUGUACACGACGGAGGCGAAGAUCGCGCCCGCGGACUCGGGCUACGUCGACUUCAUUGCCAUCCCGGACCUGCACUCCUUCCGGCGCAUCCCGUGGGAGGACAACAUCCCGUUCUUCCUCGUGCGCUUCGUCCAGAACGACCAGCCCGUCUCGGCCGACGGGCGCAGCAUGCUCCGGGCGGUAUGCGAUCGCCUCGCCGCGGAAAACUGCCAGGCGAUGGCCGGAGAGACAGUGGAGCUAGAGUUUAUGAACUUCCAGACCCCCUCCGAGGACGGGUACGGGGCGAACGGCUCCCAGAUCCGCGACAUCGCCGCCUUCCUCGAUAAGAAUGCCCCCGGGGCGCUGCGCCCGCUCACGCAGGGGAGCUUCUCCUACAGCGCCACCAGGCCGGUAGCGUACAAGAAAUACUUCUACGAUAUCUUCGACACCAGUGCACAGUUCAACUGCGGGAUCGAGGGCUGGCACACGGAAGGUGGACCGGGCGUAUACGAAGCAGCGCUUAAGGUAUCCCCCGCCAGCGAGAUGGCAGAUAAGGUGUCUCUAUUCAAACUCCUGGCUAAAUCCGUCGGCCUCGAGCACGGCAUCACGCCGUGCUUCAUGGCGAAGCCGAUGCAAGGCCAACCGGGGAGCUCGGGCCACAUCCACAUCUCGCUGUGCGAUCUGGCAGGCCGGAACCUGUUCGCGCGCGGGACCGAGACCGAGACGCCGACCCCGGACCCCGCCGCCCCCUGGGCCGAUGCCGCCGGCCUGUCGGCGCUGGGCCGGCACUUCCUGGCCGGCCUGCUGGAGGCGCUGCCGGACCUGAUGCCGCUGUUCGCGCCGACGGUCAACUCGUACAAGCGGCUGGUCGAGAACUUCUGGGCGCCCGUCCACGUCAGCUGGGGGCUGGAGGACCGCAUGGCGUCGAUCCGGCUCGUCGCGCCGCCCGUCUGCAAGCCCGCCGCCACGCGCUUCGAGGUCCGCAUCCCCGGCGCCGACCUGCACCCGCACUACGCGCUCGCCGCCCUCCUCGCCGCCGGCUGGCGCGGCGUCCAGCACAAGCGCGAGAUCCCCGUCCCGCCCGUCGCCGCCAUGAAGGCCGCCAACACCCGGCCCGCCCGCCUCCCCAAUACCCUCGAGGAGGCGCUGCGGCGCUUCCACGCCCCCGACAGCAUCGCGCGCGAGAUCCUGGCCCCCGAGUUUGUGGAUUUCUUCACCGCCACGCGCGAGCAUGAGCUGCGCGUGUGGCGCGAGGCCGUUACGGAUUGGGAGUUCAAGCGGUAUAUCGAGACGGUAUAG